CGGUCAGAAUUUGUCCCGUCGUUCAUUGCAGUACUGUGACGUCAGGUCAGCUGAUCUCUGUGGUCUGCCAAGGAGAAAGAUGUCGCUGACAAACUGUGGAAGGAUGGAGGCUGUUUUCUCGGCUGCGAUUGUCUUCUGUUUCCUUGUCUCAGGAGGUGUACAUGGAGACAGCUUAACAGUGCUGCAGGCUCCAGAGUUUGUGUCCUUCCAGAAAGGAGACUGGCCUGUUUCUGGAGAGAAGAUCCCUGACCUGGUGGCUGUAACAAUGGGCUUCUCUGUUCAAGAGGAUCUGUCCUGGCCAGGUCUGCAAGCUGGUCCGUUGUUCCAGCGUCCCCGGGCAAACGUACUGGUGGUGGUGAGAGGGGUCGAUAGCCUGGCCCUGCCUCAGAGUGUGGCCUCUUACCCUUUGGAGAAUCCAGUACCCUUCACCCUGGACAGUGUUGCAGAGACAGUCCACUCUCUGUUUGCUGAGGACACGCCUGUAGUGCUGCAGCUGGCCCCCAGUGAGGAGAGGUUGUAUAUGCUGGGAAAGGCCAAUGCUGUGUUUGAAGACCUACCAGUCACCUUGCAGCAGAUUCGUGCCCGUCUGUCCCAGGAUGGCUCUGUGCUGGCUUCACUGCCGCUCAACUCCCUCAGCAGAAAUGCAGAGGCUGAUUUGCUCUUCCUGUCUGAGGUACAAGUACUGCAUGAUAUCACAGCUCUGCUGCAGAGACACAGACAUUUGGCAAAAGACCACUCUCCUGACAUGUACUCCUUGGAGCUGUCUGGCCUGGAGGAGCUCAGCAGGCUCUAUGGCAAGGAUUCUCCCCAGUACCGCGAUGCCACUGCCAUUCUUGCCUCUGUCCUGCAGAAAUUUGGAGAGGAUGUGUAUGGUCUCUAUGGCAACAGUGCUGUGGUAGAAGUUGUUACAGUUAAGACCUUUGAGGCUCCUUUGACCAGGAAGUCCCGUUCAAUCCUGGAAUCCAAACAGAUUAGUAAUCCUGGCAGUCCUUACAACCUGGCCUACAAGUACAACUUUCAGUAUGCUGUGGUCUUUAACAUUGUGCUGUGGCUGAUGAUCGCUCUGGCCCUUGCGGUCAUCGCCAUCGCUUACAACCUGUGGAACAUGGACCCAGGAUAUGACAGCAUCAUCUACAGGAUGACCAAUCAGAAGAUCAGGAUGGACUAAGUCCUGACCAUGGGCACUGCUGUCCUCUUAGAUCCCUCUAGUGAAUAUUUGUGUUUUGUGAGAGAUCUUGUUUAGUGGAAAAAAAUCGUAUGAAUGGAGGAAGGGCAAAAUGCUGAAUCACCUCUUUGUUUACAACACUAGUAUGAUAUCAGACAAAAAAAUCAACAUAAGAGUAGUGGUUGUUAAAGGUUCUUGCCUACACAAAGCCGUUUAAUAUCUUACUCCGCUGUUGUAUGCACUGAACUAAUUCAGGCUUCCUCCUUUCAAUCUCACAUCAUCAUUCCUUAUGACUUUAACUCCUCACUAACUGUUUCUUUUGUUCCCAUUGUGAUUGCAAUUGUAUUUUUUGUAUUGUAAAAAAACCCAAUUGUUGUUAUGGAAGAAUGAGAUUUGUCUGGUUUCUGUGUGAAGUUGUGCUUGUCUCACUGUGUGAAACUGUUUUAAGUUAAAUGAAAUCUAUGUGUAUAUAUUGAAUAUACAAAUGUAUGAGAAACUGCUGUACCCUUAUUGUGAAAAUAUUUGCAGUGUUUAUUCAGGGUGGGUUUCAUCCAGCUUCAAUUGCAAAUGGUAAAUGCAUACUGGAUUACACAAAUACUUGAUCAUAAUGUUGUUUGUUAGGAUUAAAUAAGGAUAAAUGAAGCUCUGUAAAUUGCAAUAAAAUGCCUGACAAUAAAUUAUUACAUGGAUCACC